CUCAGACUUUUUCUAGCUAUGUGACCCUGGGCCAAUCACUUCACCCUGCGUGCCUCAGUUUCCUCAUCUGUAAGGUGAGCUGGGGAAGGAAAUGUCCAAGAAAACCCCAGAUGGGAUCAUGGAGUCGGACAGGGCUGGAAAUGCCUGAGCAACAAGGAGGAGGAGGAUGGAAGGUGGGAUGGCAGGGGACCCCGCAUGAGACAGGAGUGAAGGAGGAGACAGCUGGGGGAGACUCCACUUCUUCAAGAGGCAGGUGAGGCAGCAGUUUGCCUGUGGCCUCCCCCUAGGGCCUGGAAGCUCCCUGAGGGCAGGGCCCGUUCUCGUAAGCCCAGCACACUGGAGGCACUUGACAUUUGUUAACUGGGUCGAUCUGGACGCGGGCGCAGGGCCAGGAGAAAGGCGACCCCUCCCUCCAGUCCGGCCUCGGCCCCAGCCCGGCCCACGCCAAGCCUGGCCCCUGACUUUGACACUCUGCCCAGCCCCGAGGCCCCGCCGGGUACGAGGCUGCGUCUCCCGGGUCCUCCCCUGGACCCGCGGCGGGGCGGGGACAGCGGGCCGGAAGUGAAGGGGCGGGAUCGGAAGUCUCCGCUCCCCGAGUGCACGCACGCCACGCAGUGAGCUCGACGUCACAGCGCCCACGUACACAUCUCGUGCCGCUUCCGGCUCCGGCAGUAUCGGGAGGUUGCGGCCAUGGCGAGCUGGGCCCGGGGCCCAGGCCCAGGGGGCGGCACCGCCGCCGCGGACACGGACACGGACACGCUCCUGGAUGGCGAGAACCGGCGUCUGGCGGACGGGCUGGCGGCUAAGGUCACGCGCCUCAAGGCCGUGCGUGUCCGCGGGGCGCUGGCCUUGGACGUGGACCGGGACGCGGAGGAGCAGAACCGCUACCUGGACAGCAUGGACUCGGACUUCUCGAGUGUGACCAGCCUGCUGACCGGCAGCGUGAAGCGAUUCUCCAGCAUGACCCGCUCUGGGCGGGAUAACCGGCGGCUGCUCCUCUGUGUGUCCGUGGGGCUCGUCGUCCUCUUCUUUUUCCUCUCCUACCUGGUGGCAAAAGCACGGACUUGAGCGGGCGCCCCCAAAUCUCAUUUUUGUAUCUGUGGCGCGUCUGAGUGUCCCCCUUCCCCUGUUGUCGAGAAUAAAAGGCAAGAAGUUGAUCGGAACUGCGGCCCACCCGCGAGUCCUCCGGGAGGAAGGCGAGGGGCGUCAGCCGAUGGCGGUGCCAAUCGAGUGGGCAUUCCCCCUCCCCCGGAGCCAGACACUGACCUGUUCUGGCCCAGGGCUGGGGGCUGGCACGGACCUCUUGGAGCGUCAGCCCGAUUUAGUCCCCGUUUAUUAAGCGCUCCCUGUGUGCCCCGUCUUCAAGGAGCUUGAGUCUGAGCGCGCCCAGGCAAACCUGUACAAAGCUGGCCACGUGCAGGAUCAUAGGGAAGCUGGCUUUUAACCUUUUAGAAAUGAUGAAUUUCCCGUUCUCUCCCUCCAGCCCCUCCCCCACCCACCGGGAAGACAGCUGUACCCCACCUAUUAUACACCUGAAGUUCCACAAACCACGAGAAGGAAAUGGUGAACAGGGAAGGUGCUGGAAGGAAGAGGGCUUGGGGUGGGGUCUCGAACCCGGAGGCCAGUCGUCAUCAGAGGAGGGAGAGUGUUACAGGCAUGGAGACAGCCAGGGGGAGUCCCGGGAUAUUGAGAACUCACUCCGCCAAAGGCCUGGGCCAGAGCACUUAGAUCCUAGGGAGGCCCUUUUGGUCUCUGUCAUUUGUACAACUAACUACAAGCAUACCAAUUUUUCCCAUGAUGGCCCAGCACCUUUUGGGCAGGGAGACUGCCCCUGGAGAGCCUGAGGGUUCAGGCAGUGAGAAGACCACACUAGUUUUAAGAGCAGGAUGCUGAGGAGUGUGGAAAGAAGAGGGAGUGGGGUCUCCCAAGUUUAGCCUGUGGUCCCGACCUGGUGAAGUUUUCACCAGGAGGGAAGGGCCAGUCCACGUCCCAUGUCAUUCUCACCGAAAAGGCUGUUGUCACAGACAGAAGAGGAAAAUUAUGUCUAGGAAGGAUUUAGUAAUACCCUGGGGUGGCUGGCAUACGGAGAGGAGAACGCAAUUGUCUUCCUGCAGCUCAUCAGGGUUAGGCAGAGGCUGGAAUGUCUUCUCUAGAGGUGGAGCAGUAAGUCGGCUAGCCAGUGGUGUUGGAACCUGAGUGUGAAAAGAACAAAGUGAAGUCAGCCCAGAAAGGUUGGUCAGGGCCAGGCUCCGACCAUGUUUAGGUGCUGAGUAGCAGUUUUAUGUGUGUGAUGGUCCACAUGCCUCUAGAGUUCAUUGUCAAAGCUAACAAUGUCUCCUUUGAAAGGAGACUAGGCAGUGACAUUUUGUUCUGGUUUUUUUUGUGAGGCAAUUGGGGUUAAGUGACCUGCCUAGGGUCACACAACUAGUCCUGACUCCAGGGCCUGUAUCCUAUCCACUGGGACACCCAGCUGCCCCUAGGCAGUGAAAUUUUAAACUAGGUCUGGCUCACCAAGAAGGAGGAACUGGUGGCUUAGGUGGAAAACCUUUGAUAUAGAAGUGAUCACCUGAGUUUGGAAUAAAGGAAAGAAAGUAAGAAUCUGACAUAGUUUGGGGAGAACAAACUUCAGUGGGUUCAGCACAGCUUUAAGAAGGGUGGGUUCCUCAUUGCAGGUCUUUCACCUCAAUGGGGCCAGCCGUGUCAAGAUGUUUAUAGCCGUCCCCUUUGUGUACGGGUCAGACUCGGUAGCCUCCGAGGAGCCUUCUGUCUGAAAUGUUACGGUUCUGUGAAAUUUUGAAGCUAGUCAGAGGGGCAGGAGGAAUGGGAAUGGAUCUGACAAGACUGAUGUGGUUGGCUGCUCAGGGAGCUCUCAUAUCAACUAGCGUUUCGAAAUGGGGUGUCCAGAAGAUGGAAGCCAGGGCAGUUAAGACGACAAAUACAAAUGCCUGGUCUGCUCCUCCAAGAAGAAUGUCUAGUCUUACUAACUGUGUGACCCUGGGCAAGUCACUUAAUUCUCAUUGCCCCCCCCCCCCAUGUCUAGUGCUAAAGCUCGCAAUGAAUUGAGGCUGGUGAGGAAAGUGAAAGAAUGAAAAGAGGGGGCUUCUUGCCCUACACUGGAGAAAGGAGGAUCUUUGAUGCUGAUGACAGAAAAAGAGUCUUCUUAAUCACUGAGAAUGAUCUUUGGUUAAUAGGGAGUUAAAACCAAGAAGAAUUAAGGCAGGAUAAUAAAAGCACCUGGCAGUCUUUGGUGUAUUUAUCUCCAACCUCAGGUAUGGAAAGAAUUGACAGAAGGGAUUGCUAGCUCCACCUGUCAAUUCAGUCAUCUGCAAGAGAGCUUGAGGUGUGGGACAGGUACUGUCUGCCUGCUGGUACAUAUAAUGGCAAACUUACAGAAAAAAGGAGAUAGUGACAUCUUCCAGUUAUAGUCACUGAGUGACUUUGAGUCAUGGCAAAAUUCUAGGAUGUUAUUAGAUGCUUUCGAAAAUGAAACACUGUCUAUAUACCACCAGCCCUCUCCAAGAAUAACAGAUCCUUUGUACCUUGCAUUUUCCCGUUUUGAUGGAGUUACCACACUGAUUGGUCAUGAUUUAGAUAGAAUACCUACCUUUUGGCAAAGUAUUUUUUUACAAAGUUUCAUUCUGUUCUUUUGGGAAAGAUCUAGAAAUGUGGUUUCAGAACUGGAUCCAAAGAAUAAUUGGUGGCAUGCUCUACAGAUCCCGGCCGGGCCCUGGACAGUUUUCACAUUCUUAUCAAUGGUUUGGAUAAAGCCCUGGCUGGACUACAUGUUUAUCGAACUCGUGGAUGACAAAACUGGGAGGAAGACUUAACACAUUGAUAGAAGAACUUGUAUUAGAGCCCUGGGAUGAAUCUAAUAAAUAAAAUAAAAUCGA